CGUUUGAUUGUCUUUUUGAUAGAAUCUUCAUGGUGACCUUUCCUGCCGUGAUUGAGUCAGGAUCUGAUGCCAAACUGUGUGCAAGUCUUCUAAAGCCCAACAAAACCCUCUUCAUGAACAUUUAUCUAGUUCAUAGUAACCAGAGCACAUUAUUGCUGCAGGAGAAAGCUGAGCAAGAGUUUCACCGCUGUUUUAACUUUCAGGCUCCUCUAGCAGAAGCAGAAUCAGUGCAGAAAAUCAAGGUUGAACUUCAAGGAGAGUCCUUCAACAUGACUGAAGAGAGAAAAGUCAUGUUCAAAUCAUACCAUCCUCUGACUUUUAUUCAGAUGGAUAAACCCUUCUAUAUUGCUGGACAGACUGUAAACUUCAGGGUUGUUACGAUGGAUAAAAGCUUUAGACCUCUUGAUCAGCAGUAUAGUGCAGUUGUACUUGAGGAACUAUCCAACAAAUGA